ACACAUACCCCUUUCUUUAUAUCAUCAACAAACAGGAAGCAACAUAUCCAUCAACUUGAAGCUUUUCAUACAUCUGAUCAAUAGCCUCAAAAGAAUUUUCAAACUUUACAAAAAAGAGAUGGCGUUGAUGAGAAGUCUACUUGGUGCAAAGAAGAUUCUUGGCCUCUACACCGCAGGAGCUUCAACAAGCAAAAGAGCAGCCUCAGUGGCACCACCAAAAGGGUUUCUUGCGGUAUACGUAGAAGAAAGUCAGAAGAAGAGAUAUGUGGUGCCAAUCUCAUACUUGAGCCAGCCUUCGUUUCAAGCUCUUCUCAGUAAAUCCGAGGAAGAGUUCGGGUUUGAUCAUCCAAUGGGUGGCCUAACCAUUCCUUGUCCCGAAGAUACAUUCAUCAAUGUGACUUCUCGGAUCCAGUGAUGAAUAACUGAUUUUCCAGUAUUUUAUUUUUGGAGUUAGAAGUAGACAUAUUCAUUGUAAAUAGAUGACCUUUUUUUAUCUUUCUUCUUGAAAGAGUUGUUCUAAAGGUUUACAAGGUGAAUGACAUUUUUAUGCAAUA